AUGGUCAUUGAAAUGGGGAUGAAGUAUUUGAUCCAAACAAUAACUGUGAUUAUUGUCGCGCAUUGCUGCACUUGCCUAGCAGUGGAGGUUGGAGAUACGCUUUCAUUGGGGAACUCACUUACUGGAAAUCAGCAUAAUCUCAAAGAAUGGCACAUCCCUGACAAGACCAUAGUUUGGGUGGCUAACAGAUACAAUCCUGUCGAAAGCUUGCCCAGCAUUUUAAAAUUUUCGAGCAACAGGUAUCUCAAAUUGAUUGAUGGAAAGGGCGUGUCCGUUUGGUCAACUGAUAUUGGCCUGAGAGGAUCGAGGGGACAGAUAAUGGAUAGUGGUAAUUUCAUUAUUCUGCACGCCCACAACAAGUCUGAGAUUGUUUGGGAGAGUUUCGCCCAUGUAUGCGAUACAUGGUUGCCUGGCAUAAAGAUGUGGAAAGCAAUGAGGGGAACUUCGUGGAACAGUUCUGUGGAUCCUUCAAGUGGACUCUUCUCUAUAGUAAUUGACAUGUCUCCAGGGAAGACGCAGUUGUAUUAA